GUCAUAUGGUAUGUUUAUGUUGUUUAUAUUUUUAUAAUUUAUUUGUUUACGAUUGAAGAUAUUUAUUUAAAUUUUUAAACUAUCGAGCUAAUAGUUUAAGUUCUGUUGCUAUGAAGUCUUUCAAGUUACAAGUUUAAACUUUUCGCUUGUUGAAUAUUAUUAUAAAGCUACAGAAUAACAAAAAAAACUUAACUUUAAAUAAGAUUAAAAAUUUAUAGUUGCUACAAUGUCCUUCACUGCCGUUCAUUUGGUGAAGAGAGGUUUUCUGUCUCAACACACUAAAAAAUGCAUAAUAAAAUUUCUUGGAGAUGCAAAAAGCGGACCUAAUCUAUGCAAAGGGUUUUAUCCUGUAACCUUUACCAGAGCUUUGUGCAGUUCUUCAAAUUCUGGUGGGAAAGAUAAUGAUUCAAGUGUAAAAAAUAGAGAUGGCAAAAAGUCUUCAUCUAAAGGUAGUGAUGGUGGUAAUGGACGUGAUGGCCUGCUUCGAUGCCCGAAGUGUGGUACAGUUUGCACUACUGUAGAAACUUUUGUUACCUCCAGCCGGUUUGUAAAAUGUGAAAACUGCAGCCACUUUUUUAUUAUUCUUUCUGAAGUUGAUGCUAAGAGAACUCUUAAAGAGGGUCGCCAUCAGAUUCUUGGAGACCGAACAAGUUCUCGUAAACAUGCACCACCUCCCCCUAAAAAGAUUUUUGAAUACAUUGAGAAGCAUGUGGUAGGACAACAGUAUGCCAAGAAAGUUCUUGCUGUUGCUGUGUACAAUCACUACAAGAGAAUUUUCAAUAAUGUGCCACAUUCCAAUAGACAAGAAACUAUAGUUGAAACUCAGCCUCGAGACAUUUAUAUGGCUUCAGAAAUGAAUACGUAUCCUACAACUCAACCCUGGCGUAUGAGUAGGAGAAUGGUUAGUUCUAGAGAUGAAAACAGAAGAGCUGAAAAUAUAGGGGCUGAUUUGUUGCAUUUAUCUGGAAUACCUCAAAGUGCACUUGGUGUCAGCUUUCAGCAACAGCAACAGAUGGUUCAAGAGUCUGAAAUAAAGGUUAAUCGUGGCUCUGAUAUACUAGAUAACAGUACCCAUGAUUUAAGACUAGAAAAAAGCAAUAUUUUACUCUUGGGACCUACAGGAUCAGGAAAGACCUUGAUUGCUCAGACUAUUGCAAGAUGUUUAGAUGUACCAUUUGCAAUUUGUGACUGUACAACAUUGACUCAAGCUGGUUAUGUGGGUGAAGACAUAGAAUCUGUUAUUGCUAAACUACUUCAAGAUGCUAAUUACAACAUUGAAAAAGCUCAACAGGGAAUUGUAUUUCUGGAUGAGGUGGAUAAGAUUGGAGCAGUUCCUGGAAUUCAUCAACUACGUGAUGUCGGUGGUGAGGGCGUCCAGCAGGGUAUGUUAAAAAUGUUAGAAGGUGCUCUUGUUAAUGUACCUGAGAGAAAUUCUAGAAAGCUGCGAGGUGAAUCAGUGGUUGUGGAUACUACAAAUAUAUUGUUCGUGGCAUCUGGAGCUUUUAAUGGCUUGGACCGAAUUGUGAGCAGACGAAAAAAUGAAAAAUACUUAGGAUUCGGUGCCCCUACAUUUCAAUCCCCUGGCAGGAGGGCUGCAUAUAAUGCAGGGUUGGCGAACAAUUCAAAUAAAGAGAACGCCGCAGAAGAAAAUGCUGAGAAAGAUACAUUGCUGCGUCUUGUUGAAUCUAGAGAUCUGAUUGAAUUUGGGAUGAUACCAGAAUUUGUUGGCCGAUUUCCUGUAGUCGUCCCACUUCAUAGCUUAGAUGAGAAAAUGCUGGUGCAAAUUUUGACAGAGCCGAAAAAUGCUUUAGUUCCCCAAUUCAAAAUGCUUUUUACUAUGGACAAGGUGGAAUUGACAUUUACUGAUGACUCCAUGAAAACUAUUGCUAAUUUGGCUAUGGAUAAGAAAACAGGUGCUCGUGGACUGAGAGCAAUCAUGGAAAAUAUUUUACUCGAAGCUAUGUUUGAAAUUCCUGGAUCUGAUAUUGUUACUGUACACAUAACUAGUGAUGUGGUUUUGGGAAAAUGUCCUCCUAUCUUUGUAAGAAGCGUAAAGCAGGAAAAGUGUUGUGACACCGAAACAAGGGAGGAUUUUGAACGAGCCGCUAACCCUUGAAUGUAAAAAUUUUAGGCAAAAUAAGGUAAAAAAUAAACAUUAAAUAAAACUUUUAUGUAACUAUACGAAGUAAAUAUCUGAUUGUCAUCAAAUUUAGGUAAUAAAAGUAUUUUCUAUUUUA